CCUGCCCAGAGCUGCCUCCUCUCUUCAGAGCAUCCCUAGCCUCUUCCUUCUUACUCCCCAUCUCGGUUCAAGAAGAGGACCCAUGGCCUGGCAAGCCACAUCCCUGCUAUUCUGCUUCCUGCUGGUGCUUCUGGCCCCAGGCUCCUGGGCACAGGACACAGAGUUCCUUCAAAGAAUGGAGGGCCAGACUGUUUCUGUGACAUGCCGGUAUGGUUCCAACCAACGCUGGAAGGAGAAAGUCUGGUGUCAGAAAAGAUCAGCAGAAACUUGUCAAAUCCUAGUGUCGAGUGUGAACACAGGGGCUGCAGGACUACGAUACACCAUCCAGGACCAUUCCAAGUCUCACUUCUUCACUGUCAAAAUGUCUGCGCUCAAACGGAGUGACUCAAACACCUAUUACUGUGCAAUCGCUGAAAAUCGCAGAACCGACUCUACUUUCGUGCAGAUCACUAUUCUCAGAGCCAUCAGCCUGUCGGUGGCAAAAGCUACAGUCGCACCCACAACCUCCCGGAUGACAACCUCCCAGAUGACAACCGCCCUGGCUUCUACCGACAUCCCUGACACUGACAGCUUUCUAGGUAACGGGAUGGGGAAGGCCAUCAUUGCUGGAGUGGCUGUGGCCAUCUUGCUACUGCUUGGACUUGUCGUCCUUGUGGUCCUGUACCUCAGGAAAUCCCAGGGACCAGCCCAGAAAGUUGAGAAUGAAUGUCACCAUAUCUAUGAAGACUUAUCGGGACAGAAGGAGACAACUCAAACACCUGUUUCCUUCGACUCUCAGGACCAGCAGAUCCUCUCCAAUGAGGACACUGGGAGCAUCUGCUAUGCGUCUCUCAUCCACCUAAACCACGUGAGCCCUCAGGAUUCCAACAAUGGCAACACCCAACCCUACCUGAAGCCCUCGCCUGAACCCCUUCUGUCUGUGGAGUAUGCCAGCAUCUCUAGAAACAGACUCUUGUCUUCCAAGUCAGCUGCGCUAGAGGUGGAGACCCGAAGCUAAGGGCUGG